AUGUUUACAGCUCACGUUUGUUUUUAUUGCGUUUCAUAUGCUCAUUUACUGGGGUCAAAUUUGCGAUAUCAACUUGGCUCUCAAACAGAUAUUUUCAAUUGGCCUACAGGUGCAUCUUCGUCAAGUUGCUCUAAUCCAAUAUUAGCCAUGAAUUCUCAUCAAAUCCACGUUCAGAUAUGCACCAAAUUUCCACUCUGUACAACGUUAUCGCUUAACAUCGCAAAUAUAAGUUUUGUCGUUCGUGGAUGCAUGGAGCAAAUAUUAGCCACUAAACUAAGAAUCGAUGGAAAAUUUCAAAAAAAAGGAUGCUACAUAGUCCGUUCGAAACGAUUUUAUUCCACACUUCCUCCUUUAGAGUACAUUAUUUGUGUUUGCUCUAUUGAGUAUUGUAAUUCUGAUAUGCAGAAAUCGUUCCUGCACAAAAAUCAAUCGGAAUCUGAUCCCAUCGGUUUAGUGUCCACUGUUGAAGAUGAACGGCUAGCAGGAGCUGAAAUGCAUGAUGUGACAACUGCCCUUAAUUCAUUACCUGCACUUGUUGUGAGUCUGCUUUUUGCGAGUACUCUGCACAAUGAAAUAAUUAUUUAUCUUAACAUUUAA